AUGGGAACCAGACCACAGUUCCUAUCGGAGGAUGGAUUACCGUACGGUAUGCCAAGUGGAGCAAGCCCCGCGCUACACCCUAGCACCCCCUUCGGUAAUCCUCCAGCGCUUCAGACCACGGUCGAACCGGAGCUUCUAGCUCAAAUGACUUCCCUUCGGAGGGAAAUGGCUAAACUCCAAGAACAUAACAAUCUCCUCUCGUCCAAAGUAGACGAAACCCAGUGGUUGGUUAACCAACAGGAAACACAGAGCAUUCAGGCUACCGAGUCUUCCCAGAGUCUGCAGACCCCCGGUCGGCAGAAGAAGGGAAAGAAGGGGGCAAAGGCAACGCCUGCACCUUCCAAACAGUUAGUGGUCCCAGCUCCAUAG